UAGUCAACGUUAGUAGCGUGAGUAGAUACAGCAAGUUAAAACAGCGCAUCACAAUGAGGAUGUUGAUAGGGGCCAUACUAUUCGUGUUAUUGAAUGUCAUCACAGUUGAAGCUAGAAAAGAUUGGUGUGAAGGAAAACGAGACAUUGUUUUCCUCUUAGAUAUGUCGGGAAGUGUUGGCAGAAGCAAUUUUCAAACAAUGUUGAAUACUGUUGCCAGCAUUACAGAUAAUUUUUACAUUGGACCUUAUAACACUCAAAUUGGAGUAGAUGUGUUUUCAACGUCUGUCAAAACCUCAAUAAAGUUGAAGGACUAUAACAACAGAUACUAUCUUAAACGUGCCAUAAAAAAAAUUAAGUAUGAAGGAGGUUUGACAAAUACAUACCAUGGACUGAAUCAUAUGCGAUAUAACAGCUUCUCAUAUGGAUAUGGACAUAGAUAUAACGUACCACGAAUUGCCAUUGUCCUUACUGACGGGAAAUCUCAGCAUAAAAGUCAAACCUUGAACGCAGCUACGAGCUUAAAGAAUACUGGCGUCAAAAUAUUUGCUGUGGGGAUAGGCAGUGGUGUUGACUGGAGUGAAGUUCACGGUAUAGCAUCUUCUAGUCGGAAAAGAGUUGUUAAGAGAGGAUGGUCUGUACGGGUGAGGCGUUUUCGAAAAUUAUCCAAACCUUCCUUCAAACAUCGAAUUACGGACGUUGCUUGUAGUGUUGGUUCCGUGAUCAAGCCGCAUGAUAGAUUUGAUGGACUCAUAGAAAAUUAAAUUAAAAAAAGAUCACAUGUAUCAGCUUCUGUACGACGAGACAAACUGUGUUUCUGAUAUCAAAUACAAUUUGCAACAUUUUUACAGACUUGUGAUUCUUAAUAAAA